UCGUCCUCGUCUGUCGAUGUGUUGGGCUCCUCGUCCUCGUCUGUCGAUGUGUUGGGCUCCUCGUCCUCGUCUGUCGAUGUGUUGGGCUCCUCGUCCUCGUCUGUCGAUGUGUUGGGCUCCUCGUCCUCGUCUGUCGAUGUGUUGGGCUCCUCGUCCUCGUCUGUCAGCGCUUUAUCACCCACCUAUUCGUCCCUGUCUCCGGCAAAAAUAUACUGCCAAGCCAACGGCACCACCAUGUGCGACUCUAGCAACGCGGCCGGCUUCUUCACAUGUACCGAAAAUGCCUGGAUUUCUAUGGUAUGCUCUGCCGGCAACGAAUGUCGCACAGUCAAGGAUCAGGCAGUAUGUAUGGACCCCAAUGCGCCGACUCCCUCCGAACCCGAGAUCAACGAGCCCAAGAUUCCCUGCGACACACUCAACUCCACCAUGUGUGACAGCAACGUCAGGUCCAAUUUUUUCAUGUGCGUGGAUUACGAGUGGAACAAGAUUCAGUGCGACGGCACUAACGUGUGCAUGGCGCGCAAUGGGCAAACAUCUUGCGUUGAGCUGGCAAUUGCCGACAUCCCGCUUGUGGCCUGCACCACCGCCAAUGCAACCCAGUGCUCCACCAACAACGCCCACUCUUUCCAAACCUGCGUAGAUAACUACUGGACAGAUUUCACUUGCGGUGAUGAGAGCUUCUGCCUGUUCCGCGGCGGACAGGCGCUGUGCGUCGAUGAAGCCACAGCCAAAGCUCCCAUCCAGCCCUGCACAACAGCCAACGCUACGCGUUGCGUAGAUGAAGAUGAAAGCGUUUUCCAGAUCUGCUACGAAAACUACUGGACCAACUCAACCUGCGAUGUUGGCAAUGUGUGCGGCACAAAACAAGGAAGCGCUGUGUGCCACGACCCCAGCACGCCCAUUAUCGAUGUCCCCGACCAGCCCUGCAAGCAAGAAAAUGCCACGCAGUGCGUUUUUGGAAGCGAGGGCAUGUAUCAGAUUUGCUCUAACAAGCUCUGGACUAACCUCACUUGCGAUGGCAACAACGUGUGCCGCCUGAAGGACGACAAUGUCGUGUGCGUUGACAAGGCGCUUGCUCUCGAGUCUGGGGAUGAAUUCACCUUGAUGCCAGCUGCCGAGUUCAGGGCAUAUCACAGCCACGGCAUCUCGCGCUCCACAAUGUACUCUUGGAGUACUGCUGCUUUACUGGGUGUAUUUGCUAUUACCUUUGGUGCUGGUAUUUAAAAAUAGCAGUGCGGUUUACUUUUUGUGUAUUGAGUAUAAUAAAUUGCAUUGUAACGUAUUAUUUAAACUCAAUUUCUAUUUUUU